CUGCAUAGAUGUACCUGCUGCAGGGCUCGGUAUCCGUGGAGGGGUCGAUUGCCUACACAUCUCAGCAGGCCUGGAUCUUCUAUGGGACAGUCCAGGACAACAUCCUGAUGGGGAACCCUCUGGACACGUCCAGGUACAACAGAGUCCUCAGCAGCUGCAGUCUGCAGGCCGACCUCGAUAUCCUGCCUCAUGGAGAUCAAACGCUGUUAGGGGAUCAGGGGCUGAACCUGUCGGCGGGGCAGAGACAGAAGGUCAGUCUAGCCAGAGCCAUCUACUCCAACAAGGACCUGUACCUGCUGGAUGACCCGCUGUCCGCCGUUGACACCCACACAGGAAAACACAUCUUUGAGAAGUGCAUCAAGAAGGAGCUGCAUGGGAAGACGGUCAUACUGGUCACCAACCAGGUUCAGUACAUGGAGUUCUGUGAUGAGGUUCUGGUCAUGAAUGACGGGACGAUCAUGGAAGCAGGAAGUCACCUAGACCUGAUGAGGGUGGAGGGAGUGUACGCUGAGCUUGUCACCAAACACCUGACAGAGCAGAGUGUGCCUCGGAUAAAGGAGAAGAAGAAGGUGGACGGUCAAAUGAAUGAAGGAACCAGUCCAGUCUUCAACAUGUCAGACAAGAACACAGAUGCACCGUCAUCAGACUGCAAACCUGCUGAUCAGCUGACCGAUGAAGAGGAUAGCAGGAAGAAUUCGGUGAUCCGGAGGACAUUCACAACAUUUGGACAGUACUGCAACGCUGGUGGCGGGUUUUGUGUGAGCCUCUUCCUCCUUCUCGUCUUCAUUGUGUUAAUCACAAACACAGUGUUGAGUUACAGCUGGCUCAGUUAUUGGCUGCAGCAGGGACAUGGGACAGCGAAUGUGACGUCUUCAGAGCGAGGAAAUGUUUCUCUGAACACCGACCUUCCCUUCUACCAGCUGAUGUUCGGAGUAUCAAUUGUUGUCUUGAUGAUGGUCUGCAUCAUCAAAUGUUUCUGCUACAUCAAGGUCACGCUUCACGCCUCCACCACGCUGCACAACAGCCUGCUGAACAAGAUCAUUGCGUGUCCAAUGAGUUUCUUUGAAUCGACUCCAACCGGACAGAUCCUGAAAUGUUUCUCCAGAUAUCAGGAGGAGAUUGACACUGUGGUGCCUCAUCAUCUCAACGUCCUGCUCACCUUCUUCCUUAUUGUCGUCAGCAUCUGUGUCAUCAACACCAUCAUAUUUCCCAUCAUGCUCCUGCCGAUCUUCAUCUUAGUGACGGUCUUCACGCUCCUCAUGAGGACGUUCCUGAGGAACAUCUCUGAGUUGAAGCAGACAGAGAGCAUCAGUCGUUCUCAGUGCGUCUCUCUGUGGACGUCCAUUGCUCAAGGACUGAGCACCGUCCACGCUUAUGACAAGACACACCACUACACACAGCUGUUUAAGACCUUGUGUGACAUCAAUGCAAACCACUUCAUGCUGUUUAACUCCGCCAUGCGCUGGCUCUGCUUCCUGGCGGAUUCUCUGUCUGCUGCUAUGACGCUGCCGGUUGCUCUGCUGGUCAUCUUCACCUCCAAUGAUGUCUGCAGCCCACCAAUGAAAGCCCUCGCUUUGAGUUACAUCAUCCAGUUGAGGACUAACUCUCAGUAUCUGAUCCAGUCUCUGAUGGAGGUGGAGACUCGGUUCAUCUCCAUGGAGCGACUGCUUGAGUACAUCACGGGCUGCGAGUCGGAGGGUUCAGGGAAGCUACAGGUGGAUCGGGUGUUAGAGGACUGGCCUCAGCUUGGAGCCAUCACCUUCUUGGACUAUAGGAUGAGGUACAGAGAGGACUCACCUGAUGUCCUCAACGGGCUGCAGCUCCACAUCAGAGCUGGGGAGAAGCUUGGCAUUGUGGGAAGGGCUGGCUCCGGGAAGUCGUCUCUGGCUGCGGCUCUGUUCCGGCUCGUUGAACCGACUGCAGGAAGUAUCCUUAUAGAUGGAGUGGACAUCAAGACCAUCAGCCUGUCGGAUCUGCGCACAAAACUGUGCAUCAUCCCCCAGGACCCCGUCCUGUUUACCGGUACUGUCAGGUAUAACCUGGACCCGUUGAACAGGUGCAGUGAUGAGGAGAUCUGGGCAGCGCUGGAGAAGACCUACAUGAAGGACAUAAUCUGCAGUUUGGACAGGAGGCUGAACACUGAGCUGACGGAGGGAGGACGAGGGACGUUUUCAGUUGGACAGAAACAGCUGAUGUGUCUGAGCAGAGUGCUGCUUCAAGACUGUAAGAUUGUCAUAUUGGACGAAGUGACAGCAUCUGUUGAUGCAGAGAUGGACGCUCAGAUCCAGAUCACGAUCCGAGAGGCGUUCAAGUCCUGCACAGUUCUCACCAUCGCCCACCGCCUUCACACAGUGCUGCAGGCUGACCGAGUCCUGGUCCUUGACCACGGACAGGUGGUCGAAUUUGAUCAUCCAGAUGUGUUGAAACAAAAACCAGACUCACUGUUCUCCUUUCUGCUGACUGCUGCAACACUGUGAUGUCCUGUAGUCCUCAAACACACCGAUGCUGUGACGUCCUGAAGUCGUCAAACACACCGAUGCUGUGACGUCCUGAAGUCCUCAAACACAUCGAUGCUGUGACGUCCUGAAGUCAUCAAACACACUGAUGCUGUGACGUCCUGAAGUCCUCAAACACAUCGAUGCUGUGACGUCCUGAAGUCAUCAAACACACCGAUGCUGUGACGUCCUGAAGUCCUCAAACACACCGAUGCUGUGACGUCCUGAAGCCCUCAAGCACAACGCUGUUUAUUUUUUGGAUUUAACUGAAAUCAGUUGUUUUUUAAUCAUUAAAUUAUUUUUUUAUCACUGAA